AUGGUUCUUGUUCAAGUUAUUUUCAAUUCGAUUGUUUUAUUACCAUAUGUAAUAGUAUUUAUUACCACAUUUUAUUUGCCAAGUGAUAAUUUCAAUUUCUUUCUUUUGAUUUUAAGUAUUAAUCUACAUACUGUUGCAUUGGCAAGUCCUUUCUACAUAUACGUUUGUGUAUCGAAACGAUUUCGUCAACAAUUCAAACAUGUCUUCUAUACACUACAUGUCAACCGAUGGAGACAACCUAAUCAAGUACUACCGGAAAUACCAAACAUUUCAAUAAAUAUGGUCAAUUAA